UCGAACGCCUUGCCGCAGUAUGUCAAGAUCACCGUUGCCAGGCAGACAUUGUUUGAGGACAGUUUCCAGCAGAUAAUGAAGUUCCAGCCGUACGACCUUCGCGGGAGACUCUACAUCAUAUUCCGCGGCGAGGAGGGACUUGAUUACGGAGGAGUCGCGAGGGAGUGGUUCUUUCUGCUGUCGCACGAAGUCCUGAACCCGAUGUACUGCCUGUUUGAGUAUGCGAACAACAACAACUACUGUCUGCAAAUCAACCCGGCGUCCGGUGUCAACCCGGAUCAUCUGCAUUACUUCCGCUUCAUUGGCCGCUUCAUCGCCAUGGGAGAAUGACAUUGAAGAAUGCGGCUUGGAAAUGUUCUUCAGUGUUGACUUUAAGGUUUGGGGUAAGAUUGAAUCACACGAGCUGUCAGCUAAUGGUGCUGACCUUCAGGUCACUGAGGAGAACAAGGAGGAAUAUCUAAGGUUGAUGACUGACUGGAGGCAACGCUACCCAUGCAUUCUGAGGCUGUGCGGCAUGCAGGACUUUGACAUCGACGACUGGCAGCGCAGCACCAUCUACCGUGACUACACGUGCACGAGCGAGCAGAUCGUCUGGUUCUGGCAGUACGUGCGCGAGCUCGACAACGAGAAGCGCGCGCGUCUGCUGCAGUUCGUCACCGGCACGUGCCGCGUGCCUGUCGGUGGAUUCGUCGAGCUUAUGGGAAGUAACGACCCGCAGAAGUUCUGCAUCGAGAAGGUGGGGAAGGAGACGUGGCUUCCUCGCAGCCACACGUGCUUCAACCGCCUCGACCUGCCACCCUACAAGAGCUACGAGCAGCUGAAGGAGAAGCUCAACUUUGCGAUCGAGGAAACAGAGGGCUUCUAUCAGGUUUAGAGUGCAAAUAGUUGGUCUCUAACGAGUAAACGACGUGCAACGACGACGCACGUCAUUACAAAGCCCCCCCCGCCCCCCCCCCCCAUUCCCCAAUCACGGGGCUUUGAAUUAUUGUUUUUGCUCUCUUCCCUAUCUCAUCAGGCGAUGUGUUGAUUUAAACUGUGGAAGCCCUGUCAAAUCAUAAUAACAUAAUUUCAGAAUUCUUCUUCUUAAAUUAGUGCUCUACUGGAAAUCUGUCGUAUCUGUUGUUUUCUGAUAUACUCUGUUGUAUAUCACUCGUGUUGCUUGAUUUCGAGAUAAUCAUAGAGAAAUAAUUUUGCAAUUAUGAGCUGCUUCGUAGAGCCUUUUGUCCUGUGUUAGUGAAUUCCUUCGAGAAACCAGUAUCAGGUUCUGUUGAAGUCGGUGUACACUCGUAUGUUUGUCGUUGCUUGCGUGAGAAAUGUGUAAAUUUUGUAAACAGCCACGAAGGAUGAAAGUAUGUAAGCGAGCAUGAA